GAUUGCCAGUCGCCUUUAGGCACACCAUCGAUUGACUUGAUGGGAGUUUUUUGGUUCUUCGAUCUAUUACCUUCCGUCUGGCAGCUUUGCCAAAUUGGAUUGGAAAGGUGAAUUAGCAGUAGCAAUGUCAAGGCCAAGGGUGGAGAACACAUGUUAUCUAGCCCAAGAGGCAGGCUGCUCCAUGAUCUGGCAAUUCUUUCGAAUGAAUUCUACCGCCUCCGUUGCACCUGUGUAUGUGAUGUUGAAGAUGUCGUACAUGCGACAAGUAGGACAAUCAUUGAUGAUUGUUUCACGCGUUCUCGCGUCGCCUUCUCUAACUACGCAAGCGCGUGUGCCUACACUUAUUCCGUUGUAAUUACAUUGCAUUUUUUGAUAGGACAACUAAGUAUUAGGUAUGUGACGCUCGGAUCCUUGGAACAGGAGCACGUCGUGGAACCGCACGAGGUUGAUCGCUAUGAUCGUACGAGAAUUUGCGAGCAGGUCCUCACGUCGCGGUCGUGCAAGCUGUAUCGGCGAAGGUGUCAAGAAUGGAGGACUUUAUGGCGUGCUCAGAUGGACAUGGAAGUGGAACAAUCGCGUCGACUGGAACAAUGAAUUCCUGUUGGUCCAGCAUGCGGAAAGUGAUCUGUAUCUGCCCAGUCAACACGUCCGUGCCUAGCAUGGCAAACUUCUGGCCGUCCAAGAUAGAUGAACCCA